AAAACUAAAAAAGAGUACCUCAAUCCUCAUCCUCUCAAAAACCAAACUGAAAGAGAUAUUCCUUUGGAUUUUCAACACUUCCAUUAAUUCAAGAGAAAAAGAAAACGAUGAUGAUGAUCGAGUCAGCCAUGGCCGUACGAUUCAACUCCGCCGCCGCCAAUGUCUGCUCCUCCACCGCCGUCCCUUGUUUUCGUCCACGGUGGAGCUCGGAGGAGCUGACCGGAGCAGUCCACGUCACCUCUUGCCGGCUUGCGUACUCCGGCGGCUGGGGUAGGAUUCGGAGAUCAAAGCAUUAUGAUUCGGUUGCGAAAAGGAGCAAUUGUGUAAAGAAUGGGAUUCGAGCUGCCACGGAGCAGUUAGGGCCUGGUUCGGAGCCUGUGAAGCCGAAUGGGAGGCCGCAGUACCAUCCGUUUGAGGAUAUUGCUGAAGCGACAUUGGAUAAUGUUGGAGCUGCAAGACUUACAUCUGCAGAAUCUGCUAGGACCAUUAUUGAGGUUAAUAGCAAAGCGACGCUCAUGUUUUCGAGUCUGAUUAAUGAUGAGGUUCAUGAAAAUAUUAUGUGUCCUGAUUUGCCUUAUGUAACUGAUGAACAUGGAAAUAUAUACUUUCAAGUAAAGGAUGGUGAAGACAAUGCGUCUAUGCAAUCUAUAACUUCAGAGAAUAACUUUGUGCAAGUUAUUAUUGGCUUAGAUACUAUGGAAAUGAUCAAUGAGAUGGAAGUACCAGAAAUUGAUUUUGGAAUUGAUGAGAUUGAAGGUGAAUAUAGUGAAGGUGAAGAUGGCAGUGAUGAGGACGACGACGACGAUGAAGAUGGUGACGAUGAUUCGGAUUGGGUUUCCGUUCUUGAUGACGAAGAUGAAGAAGAUGACGAUGAAGAUGACGAGACUCUUGGAGACUGGGCAAAGCUGGAGACUAUGCGUUAUUCUCACCCAAUGUAUUUUGCUAAGAAGCUGACUGAGGUUGCUUCAGAUGAUCCUAUAGAUUGGGCAGAGCAGGCUCCAGCUAGUUUGGCAAUUCAGGGGCUUCUAAGACCUGCAUAUAUUGAAGAACAUACGGUCAUAAAAAAGCAUAUGUCGGAUCAUGAGCCCAAUGAUGAUGAAAAACAAGUUGGGAGAACUGUAGAAGAUGAUUUAGAAGAGCCUGAUAAGAUCAAUGGCCAUGAAUCAGGAUCUUUUAAGGGCAGUCCAAUCCGAGCGGAGGAAUCAGACAAUGAGAAGGGUGAAAUACCAAAGAAUGGGACUACUUUUUACAAACUGGAGAUUGUUAAGAUUCAGUUGUUUUCAUCACAUGGACAUCAGAGUGUUGUUGAAGUAGAAGACUUCGUAAAAGCUCAGCCCGAUGCCAUUGCACACUCAGCCGGUAAAAUUAUAUCUCGUCUGAAAGCAGGUGGAGAAAAGACCACACAAGCUCUCAAGUCCCUUUGUUGGAGACUAAAGGGUAUUCAAGUUGAGGAGGUAGUACUUACCACUGUAGAUUCUCUUGGAUUUGACUUGAGGGUUUGCUCAGGAACACAAGUUCAGACGUUGCGGUUUGCACUAAAUGCACGGGCCACUUCUGAGUAUAGUGCUGAGAGACAACUUAAUGAUCUGCUAUUCCCGAGGACACAGCACACGCCACAGAAAGUAAAGCAAAGUUAAAAUUUAGCAAUGCUAACAGAAUCGCAGGUACCAUAUUAUGGUUUGCUUCUAGCUGGUUGAAUCUUCGGAACAGAAUUGGAUACAACAGUUGGAAGGAGCCCCAAAAAGUUUCAUGCAUGCACAGUCCACAAGUUGUGUACUUUUACAUUUUUUUAGUCAAUCGGGUCAUGUAUCAUUUACUUGUGUUCCUGAUAAUGAAAAUUCAUUGUUUCAAUGCU